UCCUAAAGAUGUGUAUUCAAUGCUGUGAUUUUUUCCUGAGGUACUGAUGAUUAGAGGUCAUUGAAGACCUAGUGAAGGUGAUAAUCACCGUAUGAUAUUGGAUCGAACGACAUUCUACAAAAAAUAAGGGUGUGGUGAUUAUAUGAAGAGUGUGGAUUCCAUGUGAGAUCUAGCAACAUGGAUGCGGAUGUAGAGACCAACCAAAGCUUAUCUCAAUUAAGCUGGACAUCAGUGGGGGUAAAGGAUUUAUAUGGAAGCCUUCUUAUAAUCAUAUCUGUAUUUAUUUUGACAAUCAACGGAUUACUCCUCUUUGUUAUAUAUUCAUCAAAGUAUCUGCAUCGUCGACAGAACGCUUUUGUGGUAUCUUUAGCAAUCAGUGAUAUCCUGAAUGGAUUUGUCGAGGGUCCUUUCUUUGCUCACAUAACGUUAAACCGUCCCGAACAGCUCCCACCUCAUGCUUGUGUUUUUGUAUUUUUUGUUAACCAUUACACCAAGGCCUCAGUAUCCUUUAGUCUGAUGGCACUGUGCAUAGAACGGUGUCUGGCAGUAUCCGUGCCCCUCAAAUACCAGUCUAUAGUCACCAACCGUUCCUGUGCCAUCACUAUCAUCUUAAUCUGGGUCGUAUCAGCAUUUUUCACAGCAUUACCUUUAUUGCGGGACAGAAUAGUCUACGACAAGGACAAAAUGGCUUGCACAUUUGAAGGACAUAACCGCAGGUAUACCUUAGAUACAAUCAUCUUGUACAUUGUGUUUUCGAGACUGAUUCCAACGUUUGUGAUUCUGGUUUGCAUGACAACGACCCUCGAUAAAGCCCGAAGCCGAUUCAAAUUUUCAACAAUCAUAGCAGCCGUGCCAUUCGCAGCAAUCCCAGUGGCGUACCCCUUGAAUUUGAAGAAAAUAACCAUAAAAGCCCUUCGGUCUCUAUUGUAUUUGUCUAUUAUUUUUUCCGUGCUUACCAUCGUCUGCUGUGCUUCAGGGAUUCAACGCGCAAUUCGGAACGACAAUUUCCCGCCAGUGUACGAAAUGAUUUUAGAAUUCAUUUCUUUGUCGUAUUACUUCAUUACCCCAGUGAUAAUUCUUAUUUUUAACAGACAAUACCAAAAUAGGAUUGUUUCACUGUUUUGCAAGAGAUGCGUCCGGACUAAUAGGGUUGAGCAGGAUCCAUCUCCACAGCCCACGUGAUACGAGCAGAAUAGUCAUUGGUGAUAUAACAAGCAAUUUCUGAUAUUUUCUCGGUAAUCAUAAAACCCUGUCUGGAUGAUAAUGAGUAUAGAUCUCUGGUUUGAAUACUAAUUUCAUCAGAAAAAAAUUAGAGUAGAUUUAUUUUGAAUGAAAUCUUUUUCUUUAAUGAGAACUGCGUUAGCAUUUUAAUGGAAUGAAUUAAAUGCAUUGUAUUUCCGAAGCAUUUGAUUUUAUCACGUGCUUUAAAUCAGCUCAGUCGAAGGUUAAUAUUUUAUGAAUGAUUGGUUUGUCAGUGUCAUUAAUAAAUUCUAUUUUAAUGUUU